AUACAGAUGAUUUAAUAUUUUAUAACCAAACUUUCGUUAAAUGUCAAUCAGUCUGAUGACUGAAACAGUAACAAAACAAAAAUCAAUUUUAAAGAAAUUCGUUUAUACGUAAUUUAAAGGGAUAGAAAGCAUAUAAAGAAAAUAAAAUGUUAGAAAAUCCGGAAUUAAUCGGUGAAAGAGGAGAAGAGGAGGCAAAUCCUUUAGGAUUGUAUGAAGGCGAACGAAAUGAAAAAGGGGACAGACACGGCCGUGGCAAAGCAUUGCUUCCAAAUGGCGAUAUGUACGUCGGCCAAUAUUGCAAAGGAUUGAGACACGCUCGAGGCUUGUACGUGUUUAAAAACGGUGCUCGAUACGAUGGCGAGUGGCGGCAAGGUGUAAAAUACGGCCAAGGAACAUUUUGGUAUCCCGAUGGAACGCGAUACGAGGCCUCGUGUUCCGCAGGCGAAUGGAAACGCGACACGAAAUAUGGUUUCGGCGUGUAUUACUAUAUAAAUGGGGACGUUUACGAGGGAUCUUGGAAGAAAAAUCUUCGACACGGUAUGGGAUCUUACCUUUACGCCAGCACGAAUACAAAAUUUAUGGGCACGUGGAUUAAGGAUCGCAUGCAAGGACCCGGCCAGUUAAUUCAUCCACGGCAUCGAUUCCACGGAUUUUGGGAGCUCAAUUUGCCUUAUGGUCGAGGAUGCUUCACUUUCGAAAAUGCUUGCAUGCAACAUGGCCAUUACGUGCACGUGAAAGAUCCUGAUUACGAUGAGACAAAGGAAAUUGCCGAGGAAGUAGUAGAGCCACCAUCACCAGAGCCUACUGCGGUAGAAACUGAAGCAGAGACAGAUGUCACGGGGACCGAGAUUACAAAACCGGAAGUUAAACCUAAACCUUUUGAAGCACCUCGUUUGAAGAAAGGUAUUAUCGCGUUGUGGCGUGCGCGUUGUAUCACACCGUACAAUCCUGAUUUGUUACCGCCCGAGCCGGUACCUUUGCAAGAGGAGAUAUCUGUAGAUUCACUAAUAGACAAGUGUUCAGAGGAUUUAUCAAUAGCACCAGAACAAUUCUUGAAAUAUGAAGAUGAAUAUGAAGGUGAAGGGGAAAUCUAUUAUGAAGAAGAUUAUCCUAUACCAUCUCCUAAAUUAACUUAAUUAGAAUAAUCAAAUAUGAAAACAUAAUUUCUUCCCCUAAUGGGAAGAAUUAAAUAUUUAUAUGACUCGAUUUCAAUGUACUUUAAAAAGUGUUUAAAAAGUGUUUAUAUAAUUCAAUUCGUUAUCCGUGUCUUUCAAUAAAGAGAAAAAAUUGUAACAAAUCCUAGAAAUGUAAAAAUUCAUUGCUCGCGAAAAUAAAAUUUUACCUUAUUUUAUAUACAAUAUAAUCGUAUUGAAUAAUAUCACUCUAACUCUUUAUAUAUUGUGACAAGAAAAAUGUUACAGAGAUAUAUUCCUAUUCGAAUAUUCCUCCACGAUUGAAAUAAUAAAAAUAUAUAAAAAAAUAAUUAUGAUAAAAUAUAAAAUAUUGUAUUUAUAUGUUUACACGCAUGCGCGCAUGCGAUUGUUACAUCAUUCACAUGGUUAGGCAAAAACGCAACAUGUUUUUAAGCAGUUUAUUUAGGAAAUUAUAAUAACAAAUGUGCGUAUGUGCCCAUAAUACGAGACAAUGUAAAGAACGUAUUUUACAGGCACGCAUAGGUCUUUGUUCGAAAGUUUCAUUUGCAAAGUAUUCAAUGUGUAAGUGUAUGUAUAUGUAAGUAUGUACGUACGUGUAAUACAUUAAAUAUCAGCAACAAAUAGAACGAGGGUAUGUGUUCAUAAUAUUAGCUAAGCGUACGCUCAAGAUAAUUGCAGUCUAUUCAGUUUUUUUUUUAAUCGAAAGAUCAAUUUUAUUAUAUAUAUAUAUUAAUCAUGUACUUAAAUUACGCAAGAGAUUUUCGUGUCCUCUAUAUCCUUGGAAAGCGCAAGCUCGCUCGUUAUCAUUCGUUAAGGUUCCUUUUUUUUUCUUUUUUUUCUUUUUUUUCUUUUUUUAAUUAUUAUUACUUCUUUUUCCCUUUUAUGGCAUACAAGCGUGUAUAUUUCAAAAGUACGUUCGUCAAUAGUAACACGUAAAUAGAUAACUAUAUAUAUAUAUAUAUAGAAAGAGAGAAAGAGAUAUGAUUUCGAAGUAUAUUUACAAUAUAUUGAUUGAACCGGACUUAAAUAGGAAGACGAAAAACGUUGUCUUGAAAAAUACAGAUAAAGAAUAUUAUAUUAAAGUGGAAGAAACGUUUUUUUUUUCUUUUUUUUUUCUCUCUCUUUUUUUUCUUUUUUUUUCUUUUUUUUUUUUUUACAUUAAUAAAACGUCGAGAAAUACAUUUUGUUUUUUCAAUCGAAAGUAGUUCUCCAUCCUCGCUACAUUAAUAACCUAAAUAAUCCAAUCAAAUGCGACGAUUUUCUUAAAAAUUGUUUUUUUUUUUUUUUUUUUUUCUAAC